UUCCCCCUGCCCUUAUACCCGUAGGAUUCUGCUUUUAACAGGAGUUAAAAAGUGGCAAAGGGGGCGAAUGGGAGCAGGGGGUGAAAGUUUACUGGUCUGGGGGUCGAGCAGCUGGACGCAGCAUUAGGAGAGGGGCUAAAGGGUAAAAUCAGGAAUGGGGGGAAGAGGCGGAGGUAAGCCCAGGAGGGAGGUGCUGGCAGAGGGUAAAAUCCGGCACAGGCAGGGGCAGAGGGGGCAGCAGUUACCCCAAUGGCACUGGGACAUCGGAAUGUGCUGCCGGUAGCACAUUCCUACGAGGAGCAAUAGCCUUCGCUGCAGCGCCUCUCCCCUGGGCUUUACCUCGGCUCCUACCCCCACCCCCGAUUUUCCCCUCCAGUCCCUCUUCUGCCGCUGCCUACAGCCGCUUGAGCCCCCGGGCCAGGGAGCUUCUGCCCCCUGCUCAGCCCCCGCAGGAGCAGAGUGGGGGCAGCGGCCACGGCAGAUGGUACGGCGCAUGCUCAGUGAACGCCCAGGAGGACAUUCGGAGAGGGGGGCUUUGUCUGCCUUGCCCCUGCCCCGGCGCGGCCCCGCUCGGGGGGAAGGCUGCAGAAUAACGACCCCAUAUCGCUCCAGAUCGUCCCAUCUUCCUAGGGGCUGGGGCAGGGAAAUGGCUGUGGUGGAUCCAACUCAGAUGCUGGUGACCUUCGAGGAGGUGGCCGUGUAUUUCACCGCGGAGCAGGGGGCUCUGCUGGACUCCGAUCAGAGAGCCCUCUACAGGGACGUCAUGCAGGAGAAUUAUGAAACUGUGACCUCGCUGGGACUCCCCACUCCCAAACCUGCCCUGAUCGUCCAGCUGGAAGCAGCAGAAGAGCCAUGGGUCCCGGAUCUCCCGGACUCCAAGGAAAGGAAGAUCCCAAGAGGCACCUGCACAGCAGAUGAUGAGACAAUGAGUGAGAACGAGGAUGGGAAUCCACAGCAGGAAGGUCCUGGGCAAGUGGAACUGCAGGGAAGGUUUUUGAGAAGAGCCGAAGGGAAUUUUUCCCAGUGCUGGGAAGAGAGAGAAUCCUGGAGUCAUCGGCACAGGUCAGAGAGGAAGUUGGGAAACAGCCAAAGGAAUAAAGUGAAUGAAGUAAUUGAAUGUGGGGGAGGAGGCAAGGAUCCCCAGGAAACCACAGCUCAGCAGACAAAUCCCAAGGAAAAGAAACCAUAUAAAUGCUUGGAAUGUGGGAAGACCUUCAGUCGGCGCUCAGAUCUUAUUAAACAUGGUAGAAUCCACUCUGGAGAGAGACCCUAUAAAUGCUUGGACUGUGGGAAAAGCUUCAACCAGAGUUCAAAUCUUACUACCCAUCAGAGAGUGCACAUAGGAGAGAGACCCUAUAAAUGUCUUGAGUGUGGGAAAAGUUUCAGUGUACUCUCAACCCUUAUUGUACAUCAGAGAACCCAUACAGGAGAGAAACCUUAUGAAUGUUUGGACUGUGGGAAAAGCUUCUAUCGGAGCUCAAAUCUUACUACCCAUCAAAGAGUGCACACAGGAGAGGGACCAUAUAAAUGUCUUGAGUGUGGGAAAAGCUUCAGUGCACCAUCAGUUCUCCUUAUACACCAGAGAACCCACACGGGAGAGAAACCUUAUAAAUGCUUGGAGUGUGGGAAAAGCUUCAGUCGCCGCUCAGGCCUUAUUAGCCAUGAGAGAAUCCAUACAGGGAAGAGACCGUAUAAAUGCUUGGACUGUGGGAAAAGCUUCAGUCGCCGCUCAGACCUUGGUAACCAUGGGAGAAUCCACACAGGAGAGAGACCAUAUAAAUGCUUGGAGUGUGGGAAAAGCUUCAGUCAGAGCUCAGGCCUUAUUAACCAUAGCAGAAUCCACACAGGAGAGAGACCCUAUACAUGCUUGGACUGUGGGAAAAGCUUUUAUGGGAGCUCAAAUCUUACUGCCCAUCAGAGAGUGCACAUAGGAGAGGGACCAUAUAAAUGUCUUGAGUGUGGGAAAAGCUUCAGUGCACCAUCAGUUCUCCAUAUACACCAGAGAACCCACACGGGAGAGAAACCUUAUAAAUGCUUGAAGUGUGGGAAAAGCUUCAGUCAGAGCUCAGGCCUUAUUAGCCAUGAGAGAAUCCAUACCGGAGAGAGACCAUAUAAAUGCUUGGACUGUGGGAAAAGCUUCAGUCACCGCUCAGGCCUUAGUAACCAUGGGAGAAUCCACACAGGAGAGAGACCAUAUAAAUGCUUGGAGUGUGGGAAAAGCUUCAGUCGCCGCUCAGACCUUAGUAACCAUGGGAGAAUCCACACAGGAGAGAAACCUUAUAAAUGUUUGAUCUGUGAGAAAAGUUUCAAUCGGAGCUCAAAUCUUCAUACACAUUGGAGAGUACACACAGGAGAGAGUGGGAAAAGUUUCAGAGAGAGCUCAAAGCAUCAGGAGAGAAAUCAUCUGUAUGGCUGAGUGCUCUCCUGAGGGACUGAUUUCCACAGGGUCUUUAAUGGGAGGCCUAAACAUCUAUUGAUCCCACCUCUGCUGCCAAGGGUCUGUCUCCGGUUAGAAAAAUCAGGGCUUUGGAGUGGAGGCCGGAGCUGUAGCACGGAGCAGCUCUGGAGCAGUGGAGCUGCAGGUGUCUGCCUGGAGCUGAAGUGGAGCCGGAGCACAGCUCCAAAGCCCUGAGAAAAAUGGUUGGUAUUAGCUGGCAAAUCUCCCCUGGACUCACUCACCCCCAUUUCUAGUCUACACUGACCCCAACCAGUUUAUAUAUUCUGAUCCCCCAUUAGCAGAGUGAUUGUUAGUCACUGGGUUCCCCCUUUGGGGAGAGAUUGUCGUAUUCCCAGAUAGUCUCACAUUGUGCCAGGCUAUACCAACAAAAUUUAUUUUUUUGUACACUGACUCCCUUAGAGACCAGAAUUAAAUAGAUUCUAAAAGUGCUGUAGCAGAGACAGUAAAAUGUGUUUUGGUGUCUGUAUUACAUGAAGACGAUGGGGUGAGUAGGAGGGAUUCCCUCCUUCCCCCUUCACUGUUAUUCUUCCACCACCCUGAAACAACACCCUCUGUCCGAGCCUUGGAGAGUUUAUCCUUUCCCCAUUCCACCUUCCAGCUACCAGCAUGGUGCUUGCCACAAUGUUCUUUGCUCUCCAUACUUGGAAAUCACAUUUUGAUUUCUUUGAUCCUGAACCAGACUCCUGAGAGCUAGAGAUAAAUAUAAGAACAUCAGCCAUAUGGGAUCAGACCAAAGGUCCAUCUAGCCCAGUAUCCUGUCUUCCGACAGUGGCCAAUGCCAGGUGCCCCAGAGGGAAUGAAUAGAACAGGGAAUCAUCAAGUGAUCCAUCCCAUCACCCAUUCUCAGCUUCUGGCAAACAGAGGUUAGGGACACCAUCCCUGCCCAUCCUGGCUGAUAGCCAUUAAUGGACCUAUCCUCCAUGAAUUUAUCUAGUUGUUUUCUGAACCUUGUUAUAGGCAAGGUUGAAAACAUCCUCUGGAAAAGGGUACCACAGGUUGACUGUGCAUUGUGUGAAGAAAUAUUUCCUUUUGUUUGUUUUAAACCUGCUGCCUAUUAAUUUCAUUUGGUGACCCCUGGUUCUUGUGUUUGUGAGAAGGAGUAAAUAACACUUCCUUAUUUAGUUUCCCCACACCAGUCAUGAUUUUAUAGACCUCGAUCAUAUCCCCACUUAGUUGUCUCUUUUCCAAGCUGAAAAGUCUCAGUUUUAUUAAUCUCUUCUCAUACGGAAGCUCUUCCAUACCCCUAAUCAUUUUUGUUGCUCUUUUCUGAACUUUUCCAAUUCCAAUAGAUCUUUUUUGAGAUGAGGUUGCCACAUGUGCAUGCAGUAUUCAAGAUGUGGGCAUACCAUGGAUUUAUAUAGAUGCAAUAUGAUAUUUUCUGCCCUAUUUUCUAUCCCUUUCUUAAUGAUUCCCAGUGUUCUGUUUGCUUUUUUGACUAUCACUGCACGUUGAGUGGAUGUUUUCAGAGAUCUGUCCACAGUGAUUUCAAGAUCUCUUUCUUGAGGGGGAUCAGCUAAUUUAGAGCCCAUCAUCUUAGAUGUAUAGUUGUAAUUAUGUUUUCCAAUUUGCAUUUAUCAACACUGAAUUUCAUCUGCCAUUUUGUUGCCCAGUUCCCAGUUUUGAGAAAUCCUUUUGUAGCUCUUCGCAGUUUGCCUGGGUCUUAACUAUCUUGAGUAAUUUUGUAUCAUUUGCAAAUGUUGCCACCUCACUGUUUACCCCCUUCUCCAUUUACAUUUAUGAAUAUGUUCAGUAGGACAGGUCCCAGAACAAAGCCCUGGGGGACACCACUAUUUACCUCUCCAUUCUGAAAACUGACCAUUUAUUCCUACACUUUGUUUCCUAUCUUGGGUGAAUACCAUCUGGUCCUGGGGACUUACUACUGUUUAGUUUAUCAAUUUGUUCCAAAACAUCCUCUAAUGACACCUCAGUCUGGGACAGUUCCUUGGAUUUGUGUCCUAAAAAGAAUAGCUCAGGUUUGGAAAUCUCCCUCACAUUCUCAGCUGUGAAGACUGAUGCAAAGAAUUCAUGUAGUUUCUCUGCAAUGACCUUAUCAUCUUUGAGUGCUCCUUUAGCACCUCAAUCAUCCAGUGGCCCCACAGAUUGCUUAGCUGGCUUCCUGUGUCUGAUCGUAAUUUGAAUUUUUUUUUUGCCUGAUCCCUGCAGAGAUGUGAAAUGCGGACAGGCGUGAGAGAGGGCAGAGAACUAGACCUGGGGAAGUACAGACUUGUCUGUUGGGAGCCAGACAGCUGAGGCUGAGAACAGUGAAUUUGCAGUACCAGUGCCAGAGAGAGACAGGAAUUGCCCUGGGAGUGGUGGGUGAAGCCAUCUCUGAAAUCUAAAGGACUACAAAUGAUGCCCCAAGAGGAAUGAUAAGGGCAGAGGACAGUGUCUCCUGAUUGCUGCUAGGACGAGCCUGGGCAGAGACAAGAAGGAAGCUGGGGAAGCCAACAGGCCUUGGGCAGCCUUGAAGCCAGGCUGACCAACAUCAAGGGCAAAGGGAAAUGAGGAGCCUGACAGCCCAGUCAUCACCCCCUUCCCAUCUACCAGUGUCUUGUGUGGGGACAACAGAGACUGUCUGCCCCACUCACCCCACACUGCGUCCCUCUAAUCUCCGCUCCUUGGAUUCCUGCCCUCACUGCGUUUGCUUUGUGACGGCCCCAGCACCUCUCCUAGGCAUCUCUCUGCUCUUUUCUACCUGUUUGUAAAUGUUGCUCUGUUGCUAGUGUACAGGGGAUUUGGGUGCAUAGAAUCAUAGAAUAUCAGGGUUGGAUGUGACCUCAGGAGGUCCUCUAGUCCCACUCCCUGCUCGAAGCAGGACCAAUUCCCAACAACAGUGUACUGGGCUGGGGAUGCAAAGUCCCAUGCUGAGCUGGGCUGGGGGUGGGGAAAGGAGUCUGUCUUUGUCCUUUGGAAUAAUAAAGUAGAAUUUAAUUUCUCCCACUCCCAGUGUCCUUUGUUUGCAUUAAAUAUCCAGCAGAUUCAGAGUGGAUGUUACUCCUAAAAGCAGUGCAAGCAUGGUCUGGUACGGAAGUGCACAGUGAGGUUACCCAAGCAACCUCAUCACUGCCCUGUCAUAGGCUCAACUACUGGCAGUAUACUCCCAAAUUUAUGUAGAAAACAUGGGUAAAGUGAUUCUGCUUUCUGAGCUGAAUUUCAGCCCAAGACUGAAUCAGUCUUACCACCUGCCUAAUACCAGCUGAGACCCAUUUAAAUCAAUGGGGCUAUUGGCAGUUGUAAAAUUAAACAUGUAAAUAAGGUUUUUGCAGGACUAGGACUUUAGAUUGUGAGGUUUGGGAGUCUCUCUUUGAUACUCAGCCUGUUCCUCUUACCACAACUUUCCCCAAAUUCAUUCUUGUCUGGCUACAAAAUAAUUGUGUCUCAGUUAAUACCAUGAUUAUUUGUAAUACAGCAGCAGCCAGAGACUCUGCAGAAGUCUAACUUCUCCCCUCUGUUGUUCCUUUUUCCAUUACUGUAUCCUAUAUUAUUUGAUUUCCCUCCUGCUUAAUGGGAUGAAGCUUGGAGAUUUCAUGAGCAGCUCCCAACCCUGUACCCUUAAUUUCUAGUUUAAAACUCUCUUGACCAGUUGUGCCAACCUCCACCCCAGAAGUGUAUUUGCCUCCCUACUCAGGUGGAGUCCAUCCCAUGAAUGUCUCCCAGUGGUUGAACAUCCCAAAGCCCUGCUUAUUGCACCAGUGCAUGAACCAUUUACUGAUGAUGAUAAUCUUGUCUCUCCUUCACUUUCCUCCUCUAGUGCCAGGUAGAAUCCCACUGAAGAUCUCCUGAACCUCCAUUUCUUUGAGUGUCUCCCCCUGCCUGGCGUUCUCUCCCUGAGUGCAUUCCAGUGAAAGUCCAGCAGUAUUGUGUGUUCCCACCUGAAGGACAAUCUGGGUUAUUUCCUAUUCCCACGAGGAUCCUCUUCAGUCUCAGAUCCAUAUCCCAGACUUUAGCUCCCAACAGAUGCCAAACCAUUCUAUUCUCCAAAUCCGCUCUGAUCGCAGGCCUCUCUGUUCUUCUUAGUGGGGAGUCCCGAGUCAUGUAGACCUGCCUCUUCCUUGUGGUUCUCUGGCCUUUCUCCUGUUCUUUCUGUCCUCAAGUCUUCUGGGGCUCCGAACUCCGGGUAUAUCUAUUGAUUCUUCCCCUCUUCUAGUAAAUGUCCACUGGCCACUUUCCUCACCCAGCAGUCUCCCCUCACAGUUCUCCAAUCCAACUUGCAUCUGCGAGUGUUGAGUUUUCCCUUCAGCCUCCUCUCACUGUCCCUCCAUCAUCUGCUCAAAUCCCCUUUGAAACUCCACUGUAGUUUCUGUCUGCAUCUCCAAACUUGGAUCUUCUCUUCCAUCAGCUCUAUCAGAUGGCAUUUCCUACAAACAAAGCUCUUCUCAGGUACCUGCUCUGGGAUGAUGGACAUCCCGCAGCUUCCACAUCUAGUCAUCAUCGUCUCUUCCAUUCAUUGGGUCACUACCAUUGCUGCCUCUGCAGCUUGCCUCCUGUGCUCCUGUCAAGGAAAGAAAACAAAAAAACAACCCCUUCCCCCUAAACAAACCCAGAACAUCCCUCCCCUCUCCGCCCCCCCCCCCCGGCAAACUCCACAUCCAAACUGCCACACAAACUCCCCUGUUUUCAGCUCUGUUGGCUGGCUCCUGUGCCACUGCUCACACUAUGGUUCCCACAGAGGAGGCUGCUCAGAGUACUGCGGUCGGGAAGCAUUGCUCAGUGCAACAUUUCCGAGCCUUUGCUGAAUGCUCUGUGAGGUGCCUGUGUAAUGCUACAAGCUGAGACCUGACUGAAUUUGCUGCUUGGUUGUUCGUGAGGAGGCUCGGGCGAACUGUGGAUGCUGAGUAACAUCAGUUACAGCUGCCGCCCGGAUUCUGUGGUGACAAUCUGGUACCUGCAGGUCAUGGGGUUCAGAGGGGUUGAAUCAGAGAGAUGGGAUGGGCAGAGUCUGUGCAGGGCGAAACUGCACAGCAGGGGCAAACAGCUGGAGGCAGGGGGAAGUGAGGGGCUGAGGGGCAAGAUCAGGAUGGGGCAGCACCAAGAUUAGGAAUGGAAUACAGAUGUUGCCAGACAUGGGCAGCGAUGAAAAACCCUGGAGUAGGGUGGGGCAGAGAGAUAAAAGUUACCCUAGAUGGGCUGGGCCAUCUGCAGUGGUUGCAAAAUUAUGGUGUUUGGGGCAGAGGGGGUCCCCUGCCACCCUUCAGGGCCAUGCAGCUGAACACUUACUUCCUAGGACUGUUUUCGUAAUGGCUCAGUGCAUCUAGACACCGCAGCUCUUCCUUCUCUGGUAUGAUGGAUUGAGCUGCUAAAGGAGACUUGAUUCUGUGAAAUAGUGUACAUAUGCCCCCCACUGAAAUAUAAUCGUCAGACAUGUUUUUAGUGUUCAAAGAAUCCCAUAUCACUUUAUAGGCCUGCACUACAGCCGUUCACAAAUUUAUCUUAGCUUCUGUUCUGAUUGGAAUUCACUAGAAAUUUAGUUUUUUGCCUUUAAAUUAUCUACUUUUUUAAAUGUUAUUUUUAUUACUCUUAGCUCUUCAUCACUUACUUUUGAUAACACUGUGAGAUGGUCUUCAUUGGGCAUCACUGUGCAUAUUUCUAAGAGCAAAUAUAGUAGCAAGCCUGGAGCACUGGGGUAAGAUCUAAGGCCUGAACAAGAGGCAGUGAACCAAAGUCAGGCCAGGUAUUAAAACAGAUGCUCACAAGUUCACUGCUAGGUCCAUGAACUUGACAGAGUUGUUGCUAGUGCACUCAGCAUUAGAGAUUUACAUAGAUAUAUUCCAGCUAGUACAGAUACAACCCAGUCUAGUACAAGAGAGGAUGGUUUGACAGAACAGUGGAGAGGGAUGUUUUGGCCAAGAUAUCAGGAACAAGGGAGGUAACAAACAUGUCAUGAACCACGGAAGGUGGUACAUAUGUUUUCUACCCCAGAUUGUGUCUCUGUCUAUAAAUGUUGAGGUGUCUCGCCUUAAGCGUUAGUCUGGCCAAGAGGACAGCAGAAAGACCUGGUCCAUUGUAAGGGGCAUACAUGAGUUAGUGAACCUGUAGAAUCUGUGGGGCACUCGUGUUACUGAGUCAGAAAGGGUUAAUCAAUUAGCAGGUUACAUGACCCAAAUCCAGCCUUUAGAGACUCACUGUAUUUAAAAGUGCGUAAAUGGUAAUUGGGGCCAUUCCGUGCUAGAUAAACUAGAGCUGUGAAAUGUAGACUUGUAUUGUUAGAAAAUUAGAAGAAGAUAGUGGUUGUAUUUGUGUAUGUUUACCUAUAUCUUGUUAGAACGAGGUGGCCAACCUGUGGCUUCGGAGCUGCGUGCGGCUCUUCAGAGGUUAAUAUGCGGCUCCUUGUAUAGACACCGACUCUGGGGCUGGAGCUACAGGUGCCAACUUCCCAAUGCUCACUGUUCAACCCCUGCUUGUGCCCCAGGCCUUGCCCCCACUUCCCCCCUUCCCCCAGACCCCUGCCUUUCCUGCCCCCUUCCCUGCAUCUGCUGCACUCCCACUCUUCUCCUUGCCCCCGGAGCCUCCUGCAUGCUGCGUGAGGCGGAGGGAGGGAGGGGAGGCACUGAUGGGCGGGCAGCUGGCAGGUGGGGCGGGGGAGCUGAUGGGGGCUGCUGACAUAAUUCUGUGGCUCUUUGGCAAUGUGCAUUGGCACAUUCUGGCUCCUUCGCAGGCCCAGGUUGGCCACCCCUGGGUUAGAAGUUAACGGUGGAACCAGAUGGUUCCUGUCUGUCUCUGUGGUCUAUUGAUUCAGAGAUCAAAAGGGAAUUUUAACAUUUUGAUGUAACAAUAUUACUGUCUGUAAUUCUCUUUGAAGUUUGUAGUAAACUGUCUGUGAACUGCUUAAUGGAUAAUUAGCUUAUGCUGAUGACGGCAACUAGUUACCUGUGUAUACAUGGGAAAUAGGAGGUUUUACAUCAAAGCCACAAUGCUGCACCCAAGGAACACCUGCUUGUCAAGAGGCUUCCAGAGGACUGUAAAAGGAACUCUUGGGUCGGCGUCCUGCUAUCUCAGAUCUGCUUGAGCUUCGUCAGGGGAUGUUUGAGUCCGUGGCUGAGGUCUCCAGCUCCAGUCUGGAGCACCUUGAUAUUGGACAUUGGCCUAGAAUCUAUGGAACGAAUUCUGAAAAGAAUGUUUUGCAACUCUGAAGCUCACCAUGUUUACUAUGAAACUGACCUUAAAACUCCGUAUCUUC